CGGCUCCGAGGGUACUGUCCGGGCAAGUUGGAGCCGCGAGGGCCCGCGGGUCCCAGGGCGGUCCCAGUAGCCCUAGCGCAAGUGACCUGGACGCCGCUGCCUCCUGCCUGCACGAUGACCCAGCCCAUGCCCCGGCUCUCUGUGCCCGCCGCGCUGGCCCUGGGCUCGGCCGCUCUGGGCGCUGCCUUCGCCAGCGGCCUCUUCCUGGGGAGACGGUUCCCUCCAUGGCGAUCCCGGCGAGAGAAGCGCCUGCUGCCCCCUGAGGACAGCCCCCUGUGGCAGUAUCUCCUGAGCCGCUCCAUGCGGGAGCACCCAGCGCUGCGGAGCCUGCGGCUGCAGCUGACCCUGGAGCAGCCGCAGGGGGAUUCCAUGAUGACCUGUGAGCAGGCCCAGCUCUUGGCCAACCUGGCUCGCCUCAUCAAGGCUAAGAAGGCGCUGGACCUGGGCACUUUCACAGGCUACUCAGCCCUAGCGUUGGCCCUGGCGCUGCCCCCGGCCGGGCGCGUGGUGACCUGUGAGGUGGACGCAGGGCCCCCGGAGCUGGGACGUCCCCUGUGGAGGCAGGCCGAGGAGGAGCACAAGAUCGAACUUCGGUUGAAACCCGCCCUGGAGACCCUGGACGAGCUCCUGGCCGCGGGCGAGGCCGGCACCUUCGACGUGGCCGUGGUGGAUGCGGACAAGGAGAACUGCACCGCCUACUACGAGCGGUGCCUGCAGCUGCUGCGACCCGGAGGUGUCCUCGCUGUGCUCAGUGUCCUGUGGCGUGGAGAGGUGUUGCAGCCUAAACCGCAGGACAAGGCGGCGCAGUGUGUGCGAAACCUGAAUGAGCGCAUUCUGCGGGACGCCAGGGUCCACAUCAGCCUCCUGCCCCUGGGCGACGGCCUCACCUUAGCCUUCAAGAUCUAGGGCUGGCCCCUAGCAAGUGGCCUCAAGGGAGGGGCCCUGGGACCCCCAGCCAUCGACACCUAAAUCUGACAAUAAAGUGCGGCCUGGGAC